AUGACUCAUGACGAUUCCGUCAGUCAGCAUAAAGAUCAAGCGACAAGUUCAGAUAGCAGUAGUGAUGCUUCAUCAGCCAGCUCAGGUACAGUUUCCCGAUCUAGAUCAACAUCAUCUCGCAGAAAUCCAAGGCAUACUUCGAGUAGGGGGAAAAGGGCUAUCACGCCGUAUCAGCCGCCAAAUCCUAAUGAUCAAUCGCCCAUGCCAGAUCCAAAUCAACAGACACCCGUCAAUCAAGCUAUUCGUAUCCGUGAACCUGUUGAUAGACCGCCUGAAUUGCCUCGAACACACCCUAUCCAGCAUAAUGAGCCUCCACCACGUUAUGAGCGGCCGAGCAUGAUACAAAGACUAAGGGCAAACGAACGAGAACAACUAGAAACGACCAAAGAUAAAGGGAAGAAAAAAGUAAAAGAGAAUGCACCAUCCAGCUCUAGGAAGCGAAAGCAUUCUUCUACGAAUGAUAAUGAGGCUGGUCCCAGCGGAACCAAACCUUCUGAAGAAAAGAAGCAAAGAGGGUUUUGGACUAAGAUAGCAAUUGUGAAUGGAGUAAGGAAAGGAUGUAAUGCAGCUUGCAGAGCAGGAAGAAAUCAGGCGAAUCGCUUGCGAGAACGAAUCACUGGAAUACCUUCAUCAGGAUUAACUAGAAAAGCAUUUCGACAUGAAAUGAAUCUAUCAAAUCGUCGUAAUUUUGAGAUAAAAAAUCGUCAAUUACUUCAAAUUCAACGUGAACGCAAUCGUCAACAGCUUAUACAGAAUCGUGUAUCCCAUCAACCUAGUCAUUCUACUGCUCGUAUACGGCCUCGAGUACGUUGGGGCAGAUAG